CGGGGGGGAAGAUGCCGCUGGCGCAGCUGGCGGACCCGUGGCAGAAGAUGGCUGUGGAGAGCCCGUCCGACAGCGCGGAGGAUACACCUUUGAACAAUUUAUGAAAAAAGAUACUACCAGGAUGGUGAAAUUUUAUAAGACUUUGCAGAUCUAAGAAUAAUUUCCUGUGACCUUUGUACAUGAAAAACUAGGACAAGGAUUAUAUCUUUAUCCUUGAAAUUUAAAAACAUUUGCCAGGACAUGUCUUGGUGUUGAUGAUCUCUGUUGAACCUUCUCAGUCUCCAGUCUCAGUAUAAUGAGUAUGAUGAAUAUCACUGUACUUAAGUCUUUAUGCACAUCUCUGAUAUUUCCUUAGGAUAAAUGAGGAGCUGAUUCUUAAUCCUGUCACAUUGAAUGGACAGCAAAUUAUGGAUGAACCUAUGGGAGAGGAGGAGAUUAAUCCACAAACUGAAGAAGGCAGUAUCAAAGAAAUUGCAAUCACGCAUCAUGUAAAGGAAGGCCAUGAAAAGGCAGAUCCUUCCCAAUUUGAACUUUUAAAAGUAUUAGGGCAGGGAUCAUUUGGAAAGGUUUUCUUAGUCAAAAAAAUCUCAGGCUCUGAUGCUAGACAGCUUUAUGCCAUGAAAGUAUUGAAGAAGGCCACACUGAAAGUUCGAGACCGUGUUCGGACAAAAAUGGAGCGUGAUAUCUUGGUAGAAGUUAAUCAUCCUUUCAUUGUCAAGUUGCAUUAUGCUUUUCAAACUGAAGGGAAGUUGUAUCUUAUUUUGGAUUUUCUCAGGGGAGGAGAUUUGUUUACACGCUUAUCCAAAGAGGUGAUGUUCACAGAAGAAGAUGUCAAAUUCUACUUGGCUGAGCUUGCGCUUGCUUUAGACCAUCUACAUAGCCUGGGAAUAAUCUAUAGAGACUUAAAACCAGAAAACAUACUUCUUGAUGAAGAAGGUCACAUCAAAUUAACAGAUUUUGGCCUAAGUAAAGAGUCUAUUGACCAUGAAAAGAAGGCAUAUUCUUUUUGUGGAACUGUGGAAUAUAUGGCUCCAGAAGUAGUUAAUCGUCGAGGUCAUACUCAGAGUGCGGACUGGUGGUCUUUUGGUGUGUUAAUGUUUGAGAUGCUCACUGGUACACUACCUUUCCAAGGAAAAGAUCGAAAAGAAACAAUGACUAUGAUCCUUAAAGCCAAACUUGGGAUGCCUCAGUUUUUGAGUCCUGAAGCCCAGAGUCUUUUACGAAUGCUUUUCAAACGAAAUCCUGCAAACAGAUUAGGUGCAGGACCAGAUGGAGUUGAAGAAAUCAAAAGACAUUUAUUUUUCUCAACAAUAGACUGGAAUAAACUAUACAGAAGAGAAAUUCAUCCACCUUUUAAACCUGCAACUGGCAGGCCUGAAGACACAUUCUAUUUUGAUCCUGAGUUUACUGCAAAAACUCCCAAAGAUUCACCUGGCAUUCCACCUAGUGCUAAUGCACAUCAGCUUUUUCGGGGGUUUAGUUUUGUUGCUAUUACCUCAGAUGAUGAAAGCCAAGCUAUGCAGACAGUUGGUGUGCAUUCAAUUGUUCAGCAGUUGCACAGGAACAGUAUUCAGUUCACUGAUGGAUAUGAAGUAAAAGAAGACAUUGGAGUUGGCUCCUACUCCGUUUGCAAGAGAUGUAUACAUAAAGCCACAAACAUGGAGUUUGCAGUGAAGAUUAUUGAUAAAAGCAAGAGAGACCCAACAGAAGAAAUUGAAAUUCUUCUUCGUUACGGACAGCAUCCAAACAUUAUUACUCUAAAGGAUGUAUACGAUGAUGGAAAAUAUGUGUAUGUAGUAACAGAGCUUAUGAAAGGGGGUGAAUUGCUGGAUAAAAUUCUUAGACAGAAAUUUUUUUCUGAACGAGAGGCCAGCGCUGUCCUGUUUACUAUAACCAAAACUGUUGAAUAUCUUCACGCACAAGGGGUGGUUCACAGAGACUUGAAACCUAGCAACAUUCUUUAUGUGGAUGAAUCUGGCAAUCCAGAAUCUAUUCGAAUUUGUGAUUUUGGCUUUGCCAAACAGCUAAGAGCAGAAAACGGUCUCCUCAUGACUCCUUGUUAUACUGCAAAUUUUGUUGCACCAGAGGUUUUAAAACGACAAGGCUAUGAUGCUGCUUGUGAUAUAUGGAGUCUUGGUGUCCUCCUCUAUACAAUGCUUACUGGUUACACUCCAUUUGCAAAUGGCCCUGAUGAUACACCAGAGGAAAUACUGGCACGCAUCGGCAGCGGCAAGUUCUCACUCAGUGGUGGUUACUGGAAUUCUGUUUCAGACACCGCAAAGGACCUGGUGUCAAAGAUGCUCCAUGUGGACCCUCAUCAGAGACUGACUGCUGCCCUUGUGCUCAGACACCCUUGGAUAGUCCACUGGGACCAACUGCCGCAAUACCAACUGAACAGACAGGACGCACCACAUCUGGUCAAGGGUGCCAUGGCAGCUACAUAUUCUGCUCUAAACCGUAAUCAGUCACCAGUUUUGGAACCAGUAGGCCGCUCUACUCUUGCUCAGCGGAGAGGUAUUAAAAAAAUCACCUCCACAGCCCUGUGAAGUGACCUCAGUGAGAUAUUUGGUACCAUGGUGUAAGCUGAUAGCACAAGUUCUGGCGACAGGUAGCACAUAUCUGAGAGACACCUGCAAGCACACACUGUCCCAGCUGGUACCCAUAAUGCUGCUGCUCCUGCUGCUGCUCCCGCUUUCGUCUCUUCUCGCUUUAAAUGAUUGUUAGCAAGUUAGAUUUUCCUGGAGCUUCGAUGAAAUGAAAAUGGAAAAUGACGAAGAUAUAUUCACUGAAUCAAUAAGAAGAAGAAUGAACAGAUGAAUACCACCUAAAAUACACUGAAUAAAGUACUCUACACCAUAUAGCAUUAUUUUUAUAGGAAAUAUUUCAUGUCCCUUAAAUAUUCUUUGUUAGUGAUAGGGAUGGACGGUUUAUGUUAAGCACUUAGCUUAAUCCGUUUAUAUUAGCACUGUAUUCCUUGUGCCAUCCAACAUUUUGUAUGUUUUUGUAAACAGUUCAUAUACAGUACAUUUCUGUACUGCUUUCUUUAAUGUAUACAUGCCUUGUUUAACUUGGAAUCUAUUAUUAUUAAUCAAUUGACUAUUAAAUCUGGUUAAAUAGUU